AUGACCAGUUCUAAGCUGAGACCCAGGAGCCGGAGCGAUGAAGUCGAAGGUCCGGAUGGAGGCUGGGGCUGGGUGCUGGUCGCUGCCAUGUUCAUCAGCACCAGCCUCGUCUUCGGCCUGAUGCGCAGCUUGGGGAUCUUCUUCGUGGAGUUCGUCCAGUACUUCGAGGAGAGCGCUCAGGCCAUCUCCUGGAUCUCGUCCAUCGGCCUGGCGGCGCAGCAGUUCUUCAGUCCACUGGGUGCAGCACUUUGUAACGCAUACAACCCCAGGAUGGUAGUGAUGAUAGGCGGCUUCCUUUCCGGGCUCGGCCUCGUUCUUGCCUCCCAGGCCACUUGUCUUGUCCAUCUGUACCUCACCAUGGGAGCAAUCUCAGGUUUUGGGUGGGGGCUGGUUUUUACUCCGAUGGUGGCCACCGUCAUGGCUAACUUCACCCGUCGGCGUGCUCUGGCUUUAGGACUGGGCUUCUCCAGCAUCGGCCUGUCUUCCUUCGCCUUUAACCCCCUCUUCCAGCUAUUGGUGGAGACGUAUGCCUGGCGAGGGGCCCUGCUCAUUCUGGGGGGCCUCAGCUUCAACAUUGUGGCCUGCGGAGCCCUCAUCCGCCCAGAGAGCCAUCCUAAAGCUCAAGCAAAGGAGGAUUCACAGAGUAGAUCGACAUGUUGUAACAUGCUGCAGAGGGUCUUCUCCCACCUGGAGCUGUCUCUGCUCUGCGAGAGGCCUUACAUCACCUACACUUUAGCUGUGACUCUCUUCAACUUUGGCUACUUUGUGCCAUAUUUCCACCUGGUCGCCCACAGUCGCCAGGUUGGCUUCUCGGAGUACCAGGCUGCUUUUGUCAUGUCUGCUGCAGGAGCCACGGACAUUUUGGGCCGGGUGGUGUCAGGUUGGUUCUCUGACCUGGGCCACUUUCGGUUCAUUCACUUACUGACCAUGUGGACAGUUUUGGCAGGCACCUUCAUCAUGCUGCUGCCCGUGAGCACUUUAACUGGCUCCUACACUGCACUGGUGGCGAUCAGCCUUCUGUAUGGCUUCAGCUCGGGAGCGCUGACCUCUCUGGUGUUCGCCGUGGUGCCGAUGAUUGUGGGCGUGAAGCGGGUGAUGGGGGGCCUCGGGUUGCUACAGCUUAUUGAGAGCAGCGCAGGACUGCUGGGGACGCCUCUGUCAGGGUGGCUCAGAGACACUAGAGGAAACUACGUGGCCUCCUUCAUGGUGGCCGGCUCCUUCCUGAUCCUCGGGAGCCUCGCCUUGGCCACUCUGCCUCACUACUGGUCCUGCACAGAUCCACCUCGUCCUCACAGCUUCAGGUCACAUCAAGAGCAGGAGCAGAAGAAAGUCGUUCCUCCUGACUCGAUCCACAGAACGACAGAACAGUCGGAGAGGUGA